AUGUUAAUAUCCCAAGAUUUCUUUGACGAUACUCUGGUUGAGAGUCAGGAACUGUUCGAGUAUUCUGAUGAGCAGGCAGUAAUCGAGACGAUAAAUGAAUUGAAAACAAGCAAUCCAUCAGUCCUCCUAGAUCAUCUUUCACUGACACAUCCAGAAUCUCAAGAAGGGAUUGACAGUAGAAAGAAACAAAAAGAUUUCGUUGAGUGCGUUCGUCGAGAAGAUGUGUCGGGUGCAAUCAGCAUGCUUGCCACCGCAAUUGAAACUGAACGAAAAACGAUGCCAACAUAUGCAAGUUUGGUUUUACAAAAUCGGUUAUUGGCGCCUGACUCAAAAAUUUUGCUGAUGUUUGAACAGGAUGAAGAAGAGCUGGAUACUGUAUUGAAAUUUGCGGCGGCAAUCCUCCCUGACGUGACAACAAAUCACCCAUCAGCCAAAGAGCUCAAGCUACAAUUCGGAAAACCUUUGGAGGAAUCAUGGUGUUGCAGUUUUGAGAAGUAUCCAAGUCUAUCGACCCCCCUGGUCAAAUGGGCACGCAUCUGUUGUAAUGUUUGUGAAAGUAAUAAAAAGACGUUCGUUCGAUCAGCCAUUGAGUACCGCUCUAAAGGUGGUCGGUCUGGACUAAAACUACUGCUUGAUAGCCUCCCAAAAGAGGUUCCUACUGACCAGAAUCAGCAAGCUUCUGCCGUCGAACUCAUAAUUGAAGUUUGUAAACUGAUCAAUAUAGUUUGCAAGUUUCAGGCAUCUGCAGAGGCCCAACCAAAAGAUGGCGAGACUCCAACCGUGUCAUCUGCUCACGCGAAUGUCAAAGAGUUUCACAAGACGGGCGCAGUGAAUGUCCUUCAUCUGUUGGCCAGAAAGUGUACAGGCGGAGACAGAGAAGAUCUACUGUGUGCGCUAUUGUCUGCUCUUCGAGUCUUGGCAAUUGAUAACGACAUUGUCCAGAAUAUGGUUGCUGUUGGGCUUUUAGACACAGCGAAUGCCAGUCUCCUGUCGAAUGAAACGAUAUCGGCACCACUUGCAGCAGCAACACUUGGAUUACUGCGUAACUUGUGUGCCAAUGAUGAAAUCAAAACUACAGUUUGUAAGAAGUCACUUCCAUCAAUUUUACAUGCCAUGGAAACCCAUUCGUCAAAUCCGUUGGUUCAAGAACAUGGUCUUGGAAUAAUCGCUUCAAUGGCCCUGCGACAACCAAAUAACGCGAAUGCUAUCUGCGAAGCUGGCGGUGCACAAUUCAUCCUGAGUGCUAUGCGUAUGUUCCCCACAAAGGUACCUUUGCAACGCCAGGGCGCCCUUGCAUUGAGAAAUAUGGCUGUCAGAUUACCUCCAAAAUCAAAACAAGCUCUCUUGGACGCAGGAGCCGAAAACGUUUUGCGGGAUUGUGCAGCUCGUCAUCAAGCAAGUCUUGAUGAGGCAUAUGCCGCGUUGAGAGAUCUUGGUUGCUCGGCAGUCGUGUACAAGGUAGAUGAACAAGGGAAUAUGCAAGGAACUCAAAUGUUUGGCAAAGUCACGUCAAACUUUAGAGCAGAGUAUGACUAG